AUGGAAUUUUCUAAACGCUCAUUAGAAACCGAACGUUAUGAGGCCAUAAAGAAAGCCAGAGAAAGGUAUUGGCGUCGUAAACGUGCUAAGGAGGAAGCGAAAAAGGAUAUUUGCACGUCUGUACAAUUUUCUAAACGCUCAUUUGAAACCAUAGAAAGAUAUCCGGGCGGUCAACGUACUGAGGAGGAAGUGCAGGAGGAUAUUCGCACGUCUGUACUGAAAGUUGCGCGCAUGCUUCGUCAGGCAAAACUUCCUGCCAAUUUGCAAAGAAGACAUGAAGGAAGAAUGUUGGGGAGAGUCAGUCUGAGACAAAACAAGUAUCAAAAAACAAAAAACCGGGAAUCACAAUUUCGAGGUGGGAUCAGUCUAAGACAGAACAUGAAGUCCAUGCAAACGGAUGUAAAUAAAGCUUUCUUGCGGGUUGAAGACGAGAAGAUGCCGCCUCUCUUGCACUUUCAUUUGCGUGAUCCCAUCAAGGUGGGGACGGAAACGAGACAGAAUAUUCAAUUCCGUUUGAUGAAGAACGGAUCUUAUAAUGAUUCUGAUAACAUUGAGAAAGAGAAGCAACCCAGAGAUACGGUUCGUGACGAAGAGUUAAAGAAGUUUGUCCACAAUGUUCGACAAAAAUUUAGAUAUGUACCUGUAUUCCGUUGUUAUCCAUUUGGUGAUGCUGAGAUUCAUAAGACGGAUGAAUUUCAAGGAUAUGUUCCCUCCAAGGCAGCACCAACCCGGUUCAGCCUGACUUUUUCUUCGCUACUUGGGCUAGUAGAUGAACCAUUCAUUGUGGUCAACAUGUAUGAGGUAGAAAUUGUUAAUCUGAUGCUUAAACCCGUGUCUAAACCUGUGGAAAUGGAUAUGACUAUCAUUUUUCAGGAUUUCAAGCGUGAUCUGGUUCGAAUCAACUCAAUUCCGAUAGACAGGCUCGAUCUCAUAAAGGACCACUGUAACCUUGCGAAAGUGAAGUAUUAUGAGAAUUUUCUUGAUCCAGACUGGGGUUCCAUUGUGAAAAGUAUAGCAGAUUCUCCGAGGACGUUUGCUGUUAAUGGUGGAUGGAGAUUUCUUGAAGGACUUGAGACUAUAAACUACUACAAGUACUACGAUAAAGAAGAAAAGUACACAUUUGUGGAGGAUUUAGAGUAA